AAAUUCCUCAACAAAGCAAAAUCUUCUUCUUCCAUCUUCCUCCUCUGGGUUUUCAAUUCUAAAUGUUGUGUGCAGAAAAAUCAUGACUUUGGCUUCUCCUCGAGUUUCAAAUUCAAAGACUGUGUUGUUGUUUCCUCGAAAAGUUUCUUCAAUUGCAUUUGCUAUUGGUGGAUUAACUUCUUUUGUCAUCUUCGCUUCUCUGCUUCUUUUCACGUAUCCCAUUGGUUCCUCUGUUACUGACUAUUUCUACAGAACAGAGACCACUCAAAAUGUCCAAUUUCACCAUAGUAUUGAUCCUCAUUCUAGCUCAGACUCACCGCCAUUGUUGACACAAGACAGUGAUGAUAAAGUGCUUCCCAAGGAUUCUUCGGAUUCGAACGAUGUUAGAUUAGGCGAAGAAACGAAGUCUUCAAAUGUUUCCAUGGAUGAAGAAGCUACACAAGAUCAUGUAGAAACAGAAUGUGAUCUGUAUCAUGGUAACUGGUUUUAUGAUCCAAUGGGACCGGUGUACACAAACAACUCUUGUCCUCUUUUGACACAGAUGCAGAACUGUCAGGGUAAUGGAAGACCUGACAAGGGGUAUGAGAACUGGAGAUGGAAACCGUCUCAGUGUGAUCUUCCGCGGUUUGAUGCUAAGAAAUUUCUUGAGCUAAUGAGAGGCAAGACAUUAGCUUUUAUAGGUGAUUCAGUAGCUCGUAAUCAGAUGGAGUCCAUGAUGUGCCUUCUUUGGCAGGCAAGUGUAGAGACUCCGGUUAACCGUGGGAACCGAAAGAUGCAGAGAUGGUAUUUCAGGUCAUCAUCAGUGAUGAUAGCUCGGAUGUGGUCAUCUUGGCUCGUCCAUCAGUUCAACGAACCGUUUGGUUUUGCUACAGAUGGUGUAACCAAACUCAAGCUCGACCAACCUGAUGAGCGCAUAAUGGAAGCUCUUCCGAAAUUCGAUGUGGUUGUACUUUCAUCGGGUCACUGGUUUGCAAAACAGUCUGUCUACAUUUUAAAUGACGAGAUUGUUGGAGGCCAGUUAUGGUGGCCAGACAAAUCAAAACCCGCCAAGAUUAACAACGUCGAAGCAUUUGGGAUCUCGGUAGAAACAAUCCUAAAGGCAAUGGCUAAACACCCAAACUACACCGGUCUGACCAUCUUACGUACUUGGUCGCCUGAUCAUUAUGAGGGCGGUGCAUGGAACACUGGUGGAUCGUGUACUGGUAAAGUAGAGCCGCUUCCUCCCGGGAAGUUAGUUACAAAUGAGUUCACAGAGAUAAUGCACGCGAAGCAAGCAACAGGGUUUCACCGAGCUGUGGCAGAUAAUAAACUCGGCAAUAGAUCGAAGAAGCUGAAGCUGAUGGAUAUCACUGAAGCUUUCGGGUAUCGCCACGACGGUCAUCCUGGCCCGUACAGGAGUCCUGACCCGAAAAAGAUCACAAAACGUGGACCAGACGGUCAGCCUCCUCCACAAGACUGCUUGCAUUGGUGCAUGCCGGGGCCGGUAGACACAUGGAACGAGAUGGUUCUGGAGAUUAUAAGGAGAGAUUUGGAAGGCAGACAAAGUACACCAUCAUCUUGAUCUAGGAGCAAAGAUGAGAUAUACAUUUAUAUAUACGUCCAAGAUAAUUUAUUCAUACCACGGAGUAGUUGAUUUAAGGAUUUCUAAUUUAUAUUCAUAGUUCAUACACAAUACACUCACUUGUAGGUCUCUGUUUUUUUACAUACAAUGUAACUUAAAGCAAACGUAAGAGUUCUAUUUUAUUAGAUCAGUUACACUUUUAGAUGAAUGAAUCUUAUAAUCAUAA